UCAUCAUCAGCACAGCACAGCAGCAGCUUAUCCAACAAAUCCAAAUUAUUUUCUUCAUUUUCGGUUUGGAAUUGGGGCAUGGAGGAGUCUUCGUUUUCUCCCUACCAAGAUAUGCCGCCCGCCGCCGCCCCACCUGCAAAUCUUUUGAUAUUUCCAUUCCCCUCCGCUCCUUUCAGUCUCAUCCACAUCUCCCCCCCAUUUCUCGGACAGCCUUUGAGCUCCUCGAAGCGCAACUCAGACGCUGCUGCUACUGCUGUCCGUCAAGUCCACAAAUCCUUCUGCGCUGCUCUUGAUAACCUCCUGAAAAUGAUGGAUGCCCUGAGGUCCCAGAAUGCACUUCUAGAUAAAGUGAUGUCCUUUCCUUCUUAUCUUCAGGAUUGCUGCCAGAUCCCAGGCGGGGGGAGCCGGAAUCUGCUCGCGACGUCCAAUAACAAAUUUGCAGCGAUUCUGCCGGGGGAUUCCGUGGCAGGAGUGGUGGUCGGCAAUGGGAUAAUGAAUUUCUUGAACAUCUACAACACGCUGUUGAUUGUGAGGAUAGUUUUAACUUGGUUCCCCGACGCCCCGGCUGCAGUUCUCAGCCCUCUCAGCACCCUCUGUGAUCCAUACUUGAACAUAUUCCGGGGAAUCAUUCCGCCGCUCGGAGGGACUCUGGACCUCUCUCCUAUACUGGCAUUCCUUGUUUUGAAUGCCUUCACCAGCGCUGCUGCUGCUCUCCCCUGUGAGCUUCCAGAUCCCCAUGGCCAAGACCAAGCUGCUAUUAUUCCCUCUCCUCCCCUUACUUCCUCCCAGAAGAAAUGGAUCACGAGGUUUGCUCUUUCUCGUGACAGUGCCACAAAAAAGCCCCGCUCCACUGCUUCAUUAUGAUCAUGAUCAUCAUCCCUUUGAGCUUUUUCCAAUCCACCAUCCCCCCCUGUUUGUUUAACACAUGUUCUUUUAAUCCAAAAGAAAGUUGGGAACUGAAAAUUGAGCCCUGGUUCGUGUAUCUAUCUUAUCUUGUACACUCCAAAUUCAAUUCUUUUGUGAUGAAUGAAUACAAGUACAAAUACAAAUACAAAUGUUUCGUAUGUACCAAACUGUGAUCGACGAAUGAAUAAAAGAACAGGGAUUACAUAAGUGCAAGGUGCAGCAACUCAUUGCAUUGAGAUUGCAACAAACCCAAAACCCGCGGCAACAGCAAAAGCAGUGGCAAUGGCACCCCAAACAGCAUGAUAUCCGGCGGACAAAGCGACAGCCCCGCUGCAAGCAUCAUGGGCACCGCUAAAGCAACCUUUCUCAGUCACCUUGGCCACCCCUCCUUGAGGGACGAAGCUGCUAUUUGAUUUCCCACCACUGAACAGCACACACCAGAAAUACGGCCCCCCACCGUCUGAUCCGCUGACGGCAGCACCCACCUCUGUAUGGUUCUUGCUAUAGAGGAUCUCCAGGCUCCUGUUCUUCUUCAUCAGGAUCUCUGAAAAUGCUUCCGAGGGUUUAACAUACUUGGACUGGCAUCCGAGCAGCCUCCCUGUGAUUGGGGCAAGGGUGGAGGCCUCGACGCCGCAAUUGGGAGCAAAGGUUUGAGCAAACUCAGAGUCGGGAGGUCUCUUGGCCUUGGGACCCCCAACGACACCACAAUCACCCUGGAAGGCCUUGAUGUAUUGAAGAGCAAUGCAUGCCAGGCCAGGGUUGCUGUACAAGGUAGAUGAUUUGCCUGCUGUCCUGUUGCUGUUGAUUGCUGCCACCAGCUGAUCGGCGGGGUUGUCCGUGACUCUAUCUGCACCUGAUCAACAAUUAUCAUCCUGUUCGUGUCCGUAUGUAUUUAUGAAUGUCGAUUAAUUCAAUUCCUUGCAAGAAGAUCAAGACGAAUGUGGACUGGAGAAGAAGGGAUCUGUCUUACUUCGAACACAAGCAGCAGUAGCAGCAAUGAGGAAAAGGAAGAGGUAAAAGCAGGAGGAGGCAGGAACAGGGUUUGCCAUUACUGGAAUCAGAGAGAGGAGAGGGGGAGAGAGAGAGAGAACAGCAGCAGCAGCAGCAGCAAUUGAGUAGAAUAGAGUGGAUUUGGUGGGGGUGGAGUGGAGAAUGGUCUUUACUCUUUAGACGGUAGGCCGUAUGCGUUGGGGGUGACGGGGUGUUGUUGUGUAGUGAGACUUGAGAGAUGGAGAGAGAAAGCUAAGGUAGACUUACCUAGACAUGUAACGAAACACACGGGAUAAUUUACGUGUAGAUAUGUCUGUUUGUAAUAUUGAGCCCAUUAAUCGCGUAAUAUCUUCAGCCCAGCAGAGUUAGUUCUCGUGGAGCCUUUGCAAGAACCUUCUAGGCCUUCCUCUCGACUCGGACGGUGUAAUGAAUGAUUGUCAUUUCUUUAAGGCGCAUCUCCUUGAGCGCGACAUGAUUUCUACCUCUCCUUGGAACCGCGAUCGCUGAAAAUCUUGCUGCUCCUCCCCCUCUGAAAAUGAAAUUGUUGCUAGCCCGACGAUCAUCUGGUUAUACCUAUUACUCUCCAUUUUUUACGUAAUAUGGUUGUAUGCCGACUAUUCCUUCCGUGAUAUUUUGGUUAAGAUUUAAUUCUUCUUUUGUUGGAGUUGAUGAUGUAUUGAUGAUUUUUAGAAACUGUCUGUAUUAUAUAUGUCCUCAAAUUUGAUCAUCAUGUCGAUAGGUUUUUAAGUUCUUCUUAGGGUUUGCGAUCCUCAUGAAGAAGGCGGUUUCAUAAGAUUGAGGAUUAAACGCUUUUUUGUAAUUUUUUUAUUCGAAAAAGUAACAACGUUUUGUUCUUUGCUUGUUUAUUGCUGUAUCGGUAAGUUGUAUGGAUUUGAAAAUGCGAAAAAAAUUGGGGUGUAAGAUUCUAAGCAAUUAGGCGAUUUUAACCUAAUUUUGUCAUGGUAAUUGGAUCGGUUUGAUCCUGGCAUAAGUGGCCGACGAGUUUCUGUGUAUCAUCACCAAGCUAUGGAAAUUUAUUGCUCUUGCCAUUGAUAGUUUUUUUAUGGUAUUGAAACAUUUGUUGCAGUUGAUGGCAGACUUAGUUAAUUUGAGCUCUAAAUAUCAUGUAGUUAACUAGUUGUAACAGUUUAUACUCUGAUAAAUGCCAAGUCUCCUAAGAUUUGAGGUGUAGUUAUGCACGGUGAUUGGAUGGUUGUAAGAUGAUUUGCACGAGUCAGUAUCUUGGUGCAUUCAAAUAUUGUGCUAUAAAUUUUACAAUAUUAAUUCUGACACAUACAAAACAUUAUAUUUGCUGUGUUGUGUUUGUUAAACAGUAUGUGAAGAAUUAUAUUUGCCGUGUUCCUGUGUUUGUUAAACAUUACCUGUUUUUGAGCUAUCGGAUGUUCCAAGCCUCUAAGACUGCUUGUUUCUGGAAAAUCCCAGCAACAAUGUUUUGCAAUUCGAUAUUACUCUUUAAGGGUUAAUAUUUGUUUAUUUCUUUCUCGAAGAUCUAGGAGCCAAGCAAAAUGCAAGGAGCUAGAGAUCCAUUCUUUGGAUUUGGUGUGGCCCUUUUGGUAGUUUUGGUGGUUUUAGAAGAGGGGGGAGGAGCUUGAAGUCUAACUUUUUUGGAGGAAGGGAUCCAUUUGAUGAUCCCUUUUUUUGUCACACCCCUUGGCAAGCAUGGUCUAUUCUAGCCUUUUCAGCUAUGCUGAAGGGCCAUCUAUGAAUCCCCAUCCUUAUGUAUUUCUUGAACUAGAGUUACUGUCUAAUCGACCAAGGGGCAAAUAAUUGAGGAGCUGAAAUCUGAUAAUGAGAAGAUGACGGAAAUGGGCAAGAGAGUUAAGAGAAUUCAGGAAAACAUCACGGAUCUACUCAAGAGCCAUCCGUUAGGAUCCUGACGUUUUGGCUUUUGGAAUGUUGAUAUAAAUGUUGGUCGUAAUGUUUCUUUAGAUUGAUGGUAGUGAUGAACUUAUUUAUCCUUUUGUAGUGAAGAGUAGGCAUAUGCCUCAAAGAUAUGACAAUAACCAGUCACACUUAACAAUGAGUCAGCCCCAGUCACAUACUUCACUUUUUAAAGCUCUAUUCUUUCUUAUGGUGGUGCAAAUGGUGCUAGUACAGAUCUUCUAGGGCAAUAAGAUUAGGGAGUGAUGGAUUGGCUUUUGAAGAGUGCAAAGAAGUUAAUCAAGCUAUCUGCCAAGCAACUUGUAGAAUUUCAAGAGGACUUCAUGACAAGUUUUGGAAGCAUAGUAGUUCCUUGAUGGUUUUACUUGUACUUCAUUCAAAAUUUCUUCCUGGAUCUGAAGGCAGUCAGCACAGGACCUCAUAGAAGCGGCUGGGCACUCCCUACUGCCACUGAAAGAUGAAGAAAUGUUGGAAAUUUCCACUUUGAUGUGGCCGGUCCUGCAUCAUUUCUGCAAAGAAUGACGACUGUAUCAUAAUUUGAUCGAAUAAGCUCUUCACACCACAGGUCUAAAAGGAAGCGGCUCUAUCUGUCAAUCUGGUAAGCUUUAGGAACCUUCUUAGAUGCCAUUUCUCUCUUGAGUGGCCCUAUGCGAAUCCUAUUGCAUGAUUGCUCUACAUCCGUUGAAUAUACAUCUAUGAUCAAGCAGCUGGACGAGAUGAGGCAUUCAAUGUUAUUUAUACUGAUUUUAGGUGAUGUAGUUUAUGACAUU